GCUGAGAUAAAUUCAUUAGGGAUUGAGUUAGGAGAAUUAUAGAUAUAUAGAUUAUAUAUUUUAGGUUGAUGAAUCACAUCAUGUUUGGAUAAAAUAAUACUAGAAUUAAUAAACACAAAUAUUUGAAGUAUUUUCAAUUAAUCAGGAAUACAUUUGAAAGUAGGUCUUUAAAUUAAUUGUGAAAUCUCAAGGUUUUAAGCAUAAGGUUGCAUCGAAUUACUAAUUAUAGAGCAACUACUAGUGUUAACAAAAGCAAGUAGUAUUUGUACGUUCUAACAAUUUUGAUCAUAUUAAGGAAGAAAGAUAGGGCUUGGCAAAGAUUUUAUAGCAUAUAGAGUCUCGAGUAACAACAGGUACACUUUAUAUUGAUCAAGCAGAGGAAAUAACGAGAAUCAAUAUCAUUGGAGACUUACUAGUGUUUUAAGCUGAAUAAGUCAAAAUUUGUUGACAAAGUUGAUUCAUAUUUGCAACAAAAAAUAUGGGUUAAGGAAUUAUGUAUUGUUAUGAAUAAUGCUUCUAUUCAUAAGGAAAGUACUUUAACAAGAGUUGUUUAGAAAUACUUAAAUAAUUUGUAUUUGCCACCAUAUUCACCACAGUUGAUUCCAAUUCAACAAGUAUGGUGUGAGAUGAAAAAUAUGUUAUCUAAAUAGGAGUGUAAAACAAGUUUGAAAAUAAAUUAAGAGAUUCGUCAAUGUUUUAGCUAAAUUAGAGAGGAGGAUUUAGAUAAAUUUAUGAGAGUGAUAGUAUUAACUUAAAAAUGA